AUGGAUCACAUAGCUUUGAUGUUUGAGCAAGAGGGUUGCAACAAAGAUGAUUGGACCUUCAUCAGUGACAGGAUGAAGGGAGUUGACUUGGCAAUGAGAGAUACUUUUCCUAGAGCUACUAGGAGAGUUUGCUGCCAACACUUGUACAUGAAUUGCAAAAACAAUGGAUUUAGUGGAUCUGCUUUCUUCAAACUGUUUUGGAUAGCUGCAAAUGCACACAAUGAGUAUGUGUAUGGUAAAGCAUUAGAGAAGAUCACUGCUCAUGAUCCAAAUGCUGCUGCAUACUUGGACACAUGCCAGGAGCAGUGGUCCAGAGACAUGCCUGUAUUCUCAUUGUUGGAAGCAAUCAGAAAGUGGUGUAUGGAGAGGGUUGGGGCAAGAUUUGACAUGGCAAUUGAUAUGGAGGAUGCCUGUGGUGGGGGGGAAUUUGAGGUCAGAGAUGCACAUGUGAACUUCCCCAUCAGGUUAUCAACUAGAAGCUGUGGGUGUGGGAAGUGGCAAAUUUCUGGAAUCCCCUGCAAGCAUGCACUCAGGGUGAUUUAUGACCAAAGGCUGAACCCCAUUGAUUUUGUCUCCCCAUUCUUCAAGUCUGCUGCAUACAAGCUUACAUAUGCAGACCAUAUUCACCCCAUGUCAGACCCAACACAGUGGCCUAACUUUUCUCUCCCUACCAUUCAGCCUCCAGUCAUCAAAAGACAAGCUGGCAGACCUGCUAAGAAGAGAAAGAGAGGACCAAAUGAACCCAGGAAGGGGAAGAGGAACAACAAUGUGAAAUGUGGAAAGUGCAGGGAGUUUGGUCAUAACUCAAGGACAUGUAAGAAUGGAGGACCAAGCACUGGACCAAGCACUUCAGCAGCAGCAGGAGCAAGUACAUCACAAGGGGGUCCAAGGGGGAGGAAAAGAGCAAACACAGCAACUUAA